AAUUAUUGCAAACAAAACAGUUUAGUUAAUUGUUGUAAACAUUGGCGAGCGGUUUAUAUUUUUUCCACUGGCAGUUCUUCCGAUCCUGAGGUGUUUGGAAAAAGUUACAAAAUUAAAGACAAAAUUUAGUUAAAGAAAAUAUUUCCCAAAAACCGCUUCUCCGUUUGCGCGCCAUUUUCGUCUAACCGGUCAAAAAUCUCUCGAUUUUUUUUCGGUAUUUUUAAAUUUCGCAUAUUGUUGAACAUUAAAAAUAAUCCAAAAAAAGAAACAUUUUCGCAUCAAAGCUUAAAAAGAAAAACAAAAGUAUAGCAACAAAAUUAAUUAACAUUUCGGUGCUAAUGAAAAUCCUACCACACCAGGCGUAGACAAAAAACGCAACGCAAAAAUAACAACAAAUUAUUAAACAAAAUAUUUAUUAAAUACAAAAAAAGUGGCAAAUAAAAGUAUUAACUCUGGAACCUUUGGCAAAGUUGUGAUAGUAACGCUUGAGUGUGAAAUCAAUAAAACGAAAAGAUUCAGUAACAACAUGACAACGAAUAACUAAAGACGAAAUAUUGAAAAGUUAAAAAAAGAAAAUAAAGAACAGUGUAUCAAACAAUUGCAAAACAAAAAAUAAUAAUUAAAAACCAUAAAUCAUUACUAUAUUCGAAAGUGAUCUACGCAACAGACUCCAACAACAUGACUGACUUAUUGACAAAUGCCACCGCCGCUGCAACGGCAAUUCUCUCAAAUAUCAGCACCACAACUGUGGCACCCAUUGCCUCCUCAAUUUCGGAUGCUUUGGAUUUGGAUUUACUACAAAACUAUUCGGUAUUGAUAAAUAAACUGGAACAACUGGCAUUGGGCGUCGACUCAACACUGGCCAAUAUUUCAGUGGACCACAAGGAAUUUGAAAUCUCUUUGGCCAAUGGGGGUACGGUCGAUUUGCUCGGCGAUCCCAUUGCCUCAAGUCGUGCCGGCCCACCACGCAUCACAUAUGCCAAAGGCCUGGACGAGGCCGACUAUUCACGGGUGGUCAGUGAUAUAUGGAUUGGUAUAAUACUGACAUUACUCAUUGUAUCUGUGAUAUUUUUUAUAUGUGCCUGCUUUUUGUAUCACAAAUUUCAACAAUGGAAAAAUUCAUAUCGCACCAACAAUGCCGAGCCGGUGGAACUUUGUCGCAAUUGCCCGCCCAAUUACGAAGUCGAAUCUUUACCUUCCUACACCAUUGUAUCGGGACUGCCAACCUAUGAUGAUGCCAUUGAAGAAUUCCGCAAGGCCGGCAUAAUUCUCACCCCACCAGUGCCAAUUAUUAAGAUUUUCGAAUCGAAAGAUUCCAAGGAUAUACUCAAUAUUGAAAGUGGCGGCGGUAAUGAUGGUGAUAAUAUUUCACUGAACUCAACGAACAACAACUGCACCUGUGGUGCAAAUAAUAACAACAACAACAAUUGCACCAGCAACAACAACAUAUCAAAUAUCAGCACCAACAACCUGCUGCUAUCGCCCAACAACAAUACACAAUUUAUUGAACUAACUCCUGAACAACUGGCCCAUUUGUCACAGAAACGUUUGUCUUUGCAAAUUGCCUUCCCACAACCGCCCCUGGCUGGGCAAUUCCGUCGCCAUUCCCGUCCACGCAUUGAUAUGCGUAAUAAUUUGCUAAGAUCUCGCAUGGGCAAUAUUCCAGCCUUUGAGGGCCUUCCCGAGAUACAUCGCAGUGCGUCCACAUUCUCGCUGGCCAAUGAGAGAAAUAUCAAUAUGGCGUUACACAUGCAGCAUAGGGGUUCAUUGUUUUGAGUAUGCGAUCCGACGAUGAUGUAAAAUGACGAGAGAGAGAGAGAAAGAGAGUAUUUUUCAUAGAUGUUUAAGAAACAACUUGUGUAUAAAUUUAAGUUUUA